ACCACGUGACGGUCCCAAGAUGGCAGCGCCCUGGCGGCUGCUUCUCGGCCGCGGGCCCCUCGGGCUCCCGGGGCGGGGCGGGGUCCGGCCCGGCAGCUCGGUCGCGCCCCCGCCUCCCGCCUCCCGGAUCCAGCGACUCCUCCAGAAGCUCAGCCUGCGAUACUACGACGUGGAAAGCCUGGUGGCCUUGGUCAGCAAGCUGCGGCGCUGGAACGUUUAUCGCAAAAACAAGCGCCUCCUCUCCUGGGAGAAUCGGUACGGACCUAACGUGGCUGUCACCUUCUUCGUCCUGCAGAAGGGGGGUGGUGUCAGGUUUCAGGGUCAAGAGAAAUGGUACCGGACUGACCCCGGGGGCCGCUUCUGCCGCGAUUUCAUGGACCACCCGGAGAUCCCCGUGGAGGAGGUGGACUUGAGCGGCUCCAUCAUCAACUACUACGGCUUGGACAACUUAGAGCCCCUGAAAGAGCUGAAGAUGCUGCACCUGGCCCGCUGCCCCUACGUGGACGACUGGUCCCUCAGCCACUUGCCCACGGUGGCCGCCUCGCUGGAGGAGCUGACCCUGGCCGGCUGCCCCCACGUCACCGAGCGCGGCCUGGCCUGCCUCCACCACCUCGGGAACCUGCGGCGACUGGACAUCUCAGACCUGCCGGCCUUGUCCAACAAGGGGUUGACCCAGAUCCUGGUGGAGGAGAUGCUGCCCCGGUGCCAGGUGUUGGGGGCAGACUAUCGGGACGGGCUGAGGGAGCCCGGCCGCCAGGCCGAGCGGGAGCGGGGACGCGAGGAGGGACGGGAGGCCCUGACCGGCCGGUAGCCUUCACCUCUUCCGCUCGCUGUCUCCCCUCGGUCCCUUCCGCCCCCGCGCCCCGUAUUUGCCCCCAAGGGGCAGCGGGACCCGGGCACCGUACGGACGGCGACAAUAAACCGGUGACGCCCGAGAA